AUGAGUGAUCUUGUUGCAUCAUCCUUCCAAGGUUUUGUGACAAGCUCAGCUGGCAAGAGCAGCUUGAUUCCAGAUAACUGCUUGUAUCAAUCACCACAAAGCUGGCAUGAUAACACGCUUGAAGAGAAAUCCCCCAAUGUCGAUCCAAAGAUAUACUCAUCUCGUCCUAACAUGUCUUUUGAUAUUGACCACAGCACGCCACUCUUCCAUUUUGGCUUCAUCGAUGCACGAUCUUGCCUAGAAUUAUCUCAAACUGGAAACGGCAUGUGCCCCAUUGACUUCAGGUAUGGGUAUCGGCAACGUACCGUACAAACGACUUUCAGUCCCCAGACGGACCACGAUACUACUGGAGAUCGACACCUGAAGAUCGCGGUAGAUCCAAGUUGUGAGAAAGCCUCCAGGGGCUCUAAGUCUCGCGAUACACACCACAGCGACCGUAUUCGUUGUUCCUUCUCCAACUGUCAUUCGACCUUUGCACGUUAA